UCGGCCGCCGCCCCGCUCAGCAGCCACAUUCGCCGCAAUCCGGUGCCGUCUCAGCCAGCAGCUGGUGAGGUGAGCUGAGCCAGCCACGCGCCGGUCGCGCUCACAACGCCCCAGUCACCGCCGUCAUGGGGCCGGAGACGACAGCCGAGGACGAGAAGGCCCGCCUCAUCGGCGCCGUCAAAAAGGAGGUCAAGCAGCUGAUGGAGGAGGCCGUCACGCGGAAGUUCACCCACGAGGACUCGGCGUGUAUCACGGCACUGUGCGCCUCCGUGGACGCGUGCCUGUCGCACGGCCUGCGGCGACGCGCGCUCGGACUGUUCAAGACCAACUCCACCACAGCGCUGCUGCACAAGAUCGGCCGCAGCUGCGAGGCGGCGGCGCUCAUCUCGACACGGCUGCAGGAGCUGGAGACGGCCGAGCCCGGCAGGCGCAGCUCCAGCAGUGGCGACUCCAGCUCUCGGAUCAGCCCGCGGCCGCCACCGCUGCUCAAACGCACCUCCAGCCAGAUCGGCACCCGAUAUCUCUGGCUUCGGCAGGCGCUCUUCGAGAAACAGCUGGCCAACAUUAUCAACUUCCUCGUGCAGAACAGCAACCAGUACUACGAGCGGGACGCAUUGAUCGCCGACCCAGACUACGGCACCAUCCUGGGCUCGCUGCUGGUGGGCCCGUGCGCGCUCGAGUACACCCGCAUGAAAACCAUCGACCACCUGUGGUCGGACCCGCCGGCCGACGAGCUGGUGCAGCGCGCCCGCAUCUCGACGGCGCCCUACAGCUCGCCCAGCACCCCGCCGGCCGGCCGCCGCCCGGGCCUCCAGUUCAGCGGUAGUGCGCGCACUCGGCCCCUCAGCGUCGACGGCCUCAACGUGUCAGCGAGGGAUUACGUCGAGUCGCUGCACCAGAACAACAAGGCCACUCUGCUGUACGGCAAAAAUAACGUCCUGGUGCAGCCGCCGCAGCAGGCAGCGCCCCUGCCCGGCUACCUGUCCCUGCACCAGCUGCCCGACUGUUUGGUUAUCAAGUGGACACCCAACCAACUGAUGAACGGCUGUCACUCGGAAGGCGGCGAGCCAAAUGACAAGGAGAAGAGCGCCUUCUGGGAGCACGCACUUCAGGUGCGUGUUGAUGAGAUCGUCUAUCUGCACUGUCACCAGCAGGCUGAUACGGGCGGCACGGCUGUGCUGGUAGCGCACGACGGCGUGCAGCACCCGCCGGUGCUGUUCCCGCGCGGCGGUCACCUGCUGGCCUUCCUCUCCUGUCUGGAGACGGGCCUCCUGCCGCACGGCCAGCUCGACCCGCCGCUCUGGUCGCAGCGCGGCCGCGGCAAGGUGUUUCCGCGACUCCGGCGGCGCGGCCGCGGCCGACUGCCCUCCGAGCCCGCCCCGACCUCAGGCACGUCGACCAGCGAUGAGGAGGCCGAGGCAGCCGACUACGUGUUCCGCAUUCUGUACUCACAACGUCCGCCGGCCGUCAACUCGCAGGAGCUCAUGUAUCCGUCGGCCAACCGAUGUGGUCCGCUCUCCUGGCGCGCCACCAACACCAAGCUCUCGUCGUCCACCAUGUCAACUUCAUCCACGUCCUCGGGCAAGAGUCUUUCUAUCUCAGAGACGGACACUCAGGUAGCCAACGACGUGUUUCCCGAGCAGCAGUCGACGCCUCCCAAGCAGCCGCCCGCUCCCCUGCCGCCGCCACUGCCGGAAGGGGAGCAGUUGCAAGACACUGCCGAAAGCGACGGCCAGGUGUCGCCCAGCAUCAAACUGGUCUGUGACAGCAUGCGUCGCCAGAUACUGACUCGCGCCUUCUACGGCUGGAUGGCGCACUGCCGUCACCUGCGCACGGUGCGCACACACCUGGCAGGACUGGUGAGCGCUAACCUGGUGUCGCCCCAGCAGCCAACUGACGCCACCUGCGGCCUAACAGGCGCUCUGUGGGACGCCUGGGGCGCGGACGGCUCCUGGCACAACCCAGACGAGGUCUUUCGGCACGUCUACUUCGGUGGUGUGGAGCCUGAGCGCCGCCGCCACAUAUGGCCCUUCCUGCUCGGACACUACGCAUUCGAUUCGACACCAGCCGAGCGGGAAACGCAGGACGAAACACUGCGCCACGACUAUGAGAGCAUCAUGUCCGAGUGGUUAGCUGUGGAAGCGAUCGUGCGCCAACGGGACCGAGAGCUGGCGGCCACCAACAUGGCUCGCUGUUCGCAAAACAGUGUGGUGAACGACGGUGCCACCGAUGGAGACGCAGCCACGCCCAUGGAAACAGUGCCGGAACCAGAGUCGGAGCCAGAGCCUGAGAAGGAGCAGCGUCCUCCGUCUAUCACCGAACCGGAGGAGGCAGAGGAGGCGCCGGAGGCGACACCGCAGGAGCCUGAGGUCGAGGUCGGCGAGUCCUCGGAGCACCUGCGUGUCGACGACGCCGUUGGAGAGCCUGGGUCGGGUUGUGGAUCGCCGGUCAGCAGCAAUGGAGGUGUGUACGCCAACGAGCUUCUCGACGCCUUCGCGCUAAACCUGCACCGCAUUGAGAAGGAUGUGCAGCGCUGUGACCGCAACUACUGGUUCUUCACGAAUGAAAACCUCGACAAGUUGCGCAACAUAAUGUGCACAUAUGUCUGGGAGCGCCUUGACACGGGCUACAUGCAGGGUAUGUGCGACCUGGCGGCGCCGCUGCUGGUCGUACUGGAGGAUGAGCCAAUCGCCUACAGCUGCUUCUGUCAGCUGAUGGAGCGAAUGAGCGCCAACUUUCCUCAGGGUGGAGCCAUGGACCAGCACCUGGCCAACAUGCGCAGCCUCAUCCAGGUCAUGGACAGCGAAAUGUUCGAGCUGAUGCACCAGAACGGCGACUACACACACUUCUACUUCUGCUACCGCUGGUUCCUGCUGGACUUCAAACGCGAACUGGUGUACGCUGAUGUGUUCCUGGCAUGGGAGACCAUAUGGUCGGCGAGCAGGCUGGUGUCGCCACACUUCGUGCUGUUUAUCGCACUGGCACUGGUCGAGUACUACCGUGACAUCAUCCUCGACAACAACAUGGACUUCACAGACAUCAUCAAAUUCUUCAACGAGAUGGCCGAACGGCAUGACGCAAAGGCCGUGCUGAGUAUGGCACGAGAUCUCGUCACACAGCUGCAAACCCUCAUCGAAAACAAGUAGAACAGGACUGACAGUCGACCUGAUACGGCAACUCGGUCUAACGCACACCCGGCACAUAUGAGAGCAGUGGUGAUUCGGUGGAGGCGAUGCAGCGUAGUGAUUGGUGGUGCUGUGGCAUAAAUGUGGUGAAGAGGCACCAGCUGGGUGAGUUAGAAGUGAACCAACUGAGAUGAAAAGUGAAAGCCGUGGCUGCAGAAAACUGAAGUGUGUCUGCAAUUAACUAAUAGCUAUGGCUUAAGUGGGCUGAAAAGUGACUACAAGAGCAUGAAAGCUGUGGCUGCAGGGACCGAAGGAGUGACUAAAAAGUACCGAUAGUGCUGCCGCUACAGGAAAAGAGAGCCGCGGCUAGGACGGACUCAUAACUGUAACUACAGGGGACUGAACUGUGGCUGCAGGAAACUGAAUUAUGGGUGAAAUGGAAUGAAAGGUGCGGCUAGAUGGUAGUGAGAGUUUUAGUUGCAGGCAGUGAGAACCGUGGCUGUAAGAAGCUGAAAUGUAUCUAUUUACCACAGCUGCAGCCACAGGUGAAUGAGUGUUUUGAGUGCGGGAGCGACAGUUGCGGAUGAAAGGGACCGAAAGUCGGCUGCAAUGGGCUGGUGUGAGUGUGCAAUGCGUUAGCCUGUGAGCGUGUGUGUUUGAGCGCGGAUCAGUCGGUACAGGUGGGCAGGUGCCAUAUGUGUUGACCCACAGGCGGAGGCAGCUGGCCUGUCCUCUCGCGAUGCGCUGUGCGCGGCUAGGUGGUUCUAGCGGGUCGACAAUGGCGGUCUCGUGUCUGCUGUUGCGUUGCAUUGCAUUUUAUAGUCUAUCAUUCCUACGAGUCGACUGUGUUCCGAGUCUGUUCUGAACUUUGAUAUACGCCUGCUGGCUGUGCGACACGAGCAGCGCAGUCUUGUUACGUUCUGGGCAGCCUGUUAACUAGUCCGAUGUCAACGACUGGCCCGUGCACCACCGCGACUCCUCACUCGCUCUCUAUGCUGGGUCUGACUAUGCGCUGUCUUUGGGCUGGUCCGUUUCCAUCCAGCGAGGGCGCGGCUCCCCACUGUCGCCUCAGAGACUGAUUGAGCGGCGGUGCGCCAGGCGAGAAUGGCGACGUCCAGGAGGGAGUCCGUGUUUAUGUUGUGAGGCGUGUCCACUGUGGAGGCCGAGCGCGCGAUCCCGGCCGUCUGUCCAAUACAAUGCUGUCUCUGGUGA